AUGCCAUAUGCUGGAAGAAUUUUAUGUCCAGUCGAGAAAAAAGAGGGGGGAAAAAAAAGGCGGAUGCAAAGUCGAUACGUGGCCGCCCAGCCGCAAACUCUUGUCAAUCACGGCGAUGCUCUUGCCAAAAUCCUCUUUGAGCCGGAUGGCAGCGUAGGCACCACUGGCGCCGGCGCCAACGAUAGCGACAUCAACGUCGACCGUGUGCUGAGCCGUUCUCGCGGGCAGUACCUGGGAGGGAGUGUCGAUGAUUAUGUAAGAACCAGAUGUUGGUCUAGACCUCGGUCCUUUCUUUUCAAAGCCCGGGGUGAUUAG